AUGGAGAUCCAGGAUCUCAUAACUUUAAAUCGGUUGGACGAGAUCCUGAUAGUGAAAGCCGAAGACGAGAUCGCACAGAUAUCAGCUGUGUUGACCCGAUCUAAAGCUAGAUCUGGUGUGCGUUUUGGAUCUGAUCCAAACUCCCUACGAGAGGAAGACGUGAGAGAGCUACGGAUCGAGCGGAUCCGGCAAGCGCAGAAUGAGGAGCCGUGGAUCUCGGGUCUGAAGAAAUAUUUGGUUGGAGAAGUCCGGGAUCUGACACAAGAGGUUGCCAAAGUGUUUGGAUCGAUCGCUAUGAAUUACGAAGUGGAUCAGUCGGAUCUACUCUUUUACUGCCCGGCAACUAAAGAGGAAGCCGCAGAGCGAGACACGUUGGUGAGACUAGUGAUACCCGAGACACCCCAACAGGACCUUUUCCAGCACUAUCAUACGAGCUUGCAGGGUGGCCAUCAAGGAAUUGGCCGGAAUUAUGAUCGGAUCCGCGAUUACUUCCACUGGAGAGGGUUGUACAAGCGUGUACAACGAUAUGUGGGAGAAUGUGUUGGUUGUGAAACAGGCAAAGGACGACCUCGGAUCCAGGGCGACACACCAUUCCAGAUCAUUGCCAUGGAUCACAUACAUUCGUUGCCUAGAUCCUUCAAUGGCAACACCAAGUUAUUGAUCUUCGUGAUCACCAAAGCCAGCGCCUCUAGAUCCGCUCAAACGAUCGCUGAGACCUACGAGGGAUGUGUCUUCCGUAGAUUUGGUGCGAGCGAGGUGGUUUGGCAUGAUCAGUAG